GUGGGUGUACGCGUGUGGGUGGAGAAACAGGUUAAAAAGCUCAGUCCCAAACACUUAACACUCCUCCAUUAUUAAACUUUGCUUUUUGGACCUACAUCUCCAAACCGGGUGCCAAAAUGCUCCCUAGCCCGACCCAGCCCUCGAAUUCAACCGGGGAAACUAUUGUGGAUAACACCGCGGCUACUGCCAUGGGCGCUCUCAUCUUGUCUUUGGUCUUCCUUUUGGGCUUCCCUGGCAACAUCUUUGUAAUGUGGAGCAUUUGGGCACGCGCCCGGAAACAAAACAUUACCACUCUGCUCAUUUUAAACCUGGCUAUAGCUGACGGCUCCCUGAUGGCUUUAACUCCAUUUUUCAUCAUCUACUUAGUCUUAAAAAACUGGAUAUUUGGGAACGUCAUGUGCAAAGUCCUCUUCUACCUGUGUCUACUGAACAUGUACGCAUCCAUAUAUCUGAUUACCAUCAUGAGUUUGUACCGGGUAUUGGCGAUACGGUGGCCUCAUAAGAUCAGAAUUGUCACAGGCCAGAGGACGGUAAUGCGAGUUUUGGCGGUGAUGUGGGUUUUGGUGAUGCUGGCUUCGAUCCCGGCAUUGAUCUACAGAGACACAAGACGGAGUGCUUCACGAGCGGCCUGUGAUUCCUACCAUGACACCAACAAAGAUGUGGUGAUCCAGUACAUGUUGGAGUUGGUACUGGGUUUUUGUCUCCCCUAUGCCAUCAUCGUGGUCAGCUACAUCCUCAUCCUGAAGAGAAUCAGACAGACCAAGUUCAGGAGGAGGAUUCGCAGCGAGAAGCUCAUUUUGGCCAUCGUCGUGACCUUUUGUGCGUUCUGGCUGCCCUACCACAUCGUCAACAUGGUGCAGGUCACAUGGGCUUUAUAUCCAGCAGGAGACGUAAAAGACAGAUUAAAUGUGAUUUGGCACAGGGGCAGAGCUGUGGCUGCAUCGAUCGCCUUCAUCAGCAGCUGUGCAAAUCCAGUGCUGUAUUUCUUUGCUGGAAAGUCCUAUAUUCGGAGAGAGGGGACGGCGUUUAUGGCAAGACUAUUUGAACGAACCGGACUGGACUCUGCAACGAGGAAAAGCCGACAGAACAGCCAAAACAGCAGAGACUAUGAUAAGGAAGCCAAUUCUGUGAUGCUCAAAGAAAAGCAGGAAGAAUCAGUCACAGACACCAGUUCAAAUAAAGUAAAGCCAGUCAAGAUCGGGAGGUAGUCGAGAUAUUUCUGCAGAACCUGCAUUUCAGUCUCCUGAAGAAUUCUGCUGCAACUGUGGUUGAACUUGAAUCAUGACCUGACUGUGAUCUUAUGAUCUGUUGAGAUUCAGUGCUUCCACCUGCCCACUCCUCCUAUCGGCCAAACUCUGUCAUACUCUCAUGUGGAUAUAACUUGCACUUAUAUGUAAUCUCUCAGGAAAAGAAGUUUUAGUUUCCUUAAAACAAGAAUUGUGACAAUAAUAAUAAUGCUAUAAUCUUAUGUAGCCACAUUUUCAGAUGCUCAAAGUCACAUAACAAUUCUGUGCAUUGUUCAUUCACUCCAAACCUAGUGACCAUUACUGUACCUACAGCUGCCCUGGGGUAAACUGAUGGAUGUGAGGCCUGACCUAAGCUGCCUCACGCCAGAUUGUUAUGUGCAGCACUCCAAAUUGAGUUCUACACAUUUAUCAAUCUGGAAUGGCUCUUGCUGAAAGUGAUCUGGAAAAGGUGGAACGUCAUGACGAAUAUUUGAUAUAUCUGAUUGGUCAAAACGUCACGACAGUGGAACAAGCUGAAAAGUCAAACUACAUCCAGUUGAGAGAGAGAGACAUUUCUGUCCACAAAUGCACAAAACUCUGCACAUUUUUCACAAACAAAAAAGUCAGUAUUUUCACUAAAAUAGGUUGUCUGUCGGUUUCACCAAGUUUCUUUUGGUUUGUUUAUUUGGGCACUUUCACCUCUUGCUUCCGCACAAACCUCAAUAAUUCUACUUGGAUUGGUCUGCCCACUACUGGGUGAAUUUGAACCUUACAGUGUGAGUAUCUCAAAUAUCACAAGAAUCCAUCUUGCUGUGCAAAAUUACCUCUGAUCACCACCAACACUCACAAUCAUAUUAGGAAACAUCAUGCACUAGAGUCACUGCUGCCCCACUGUGGCACCUGGUAUUCCUAGUGUCCCAUCCAAGCACUAAUCAGGCCUGACCCUGUUUAGCUUCUGAGAUAAGAUAGGACAUUGACAAAGUAGUAUGGGCACAAAAUAACGAUAAAAUUGGGUUUGUAUUGUAGAUACUUACGCAAUGGUCAAUUUAGAUUUACUAAUUCAACAAGCAAAUGCAUGUCUUUAGAUGGAGAGAGAGAAAAAAAACAAACAUUAUACAUACUACCUAUGUACACUGCCCAGUGAAUGUAAUAAAUGUGAGGUACUCAGGGACAGGAGGCAUUAGCCCAAUCAUGUGCACAAUGUAAAUGCUACAAUUUGAUACAAUUGUCUGUAAAAUUUUGUUUAAUAUGAGUCCUGAUUUUUUCUCCUGAUUGAAAUUUCACUGAACACAUGUAAGUUCAGGCAACAAACAAGCAUUUCUAUCUUUGUAAAGUGUACAAUGUGUAAAUAUGUAGCUUAAUGUAAAUAAGGAUCUUUCUAUGGUUUGAAAUGAGUAAUAAUAGAAAGUAAUGUUUUUUCUUGUUUAUUUUUUAUUUCAUUAUUAUUUUAUACUGUAUUUUUUACUGUAUUACCAGCAGAGAGCAGCAGAGAACAGCACAGAGUGUUGAUGCACAGUGAUCAUCAAUAAACAUGAGUGGUUUUCAAAUAAGACUCUAGCUAAUUUGUUGUUGAUGACGCCACAAAACAGCUUUUCUAAGGGAAGCUAGACCAUUGGCUCUCAAACUUUUAACACCAAGUGCCACCAAAGAAAAUAUUUGGCUUUCCAAGUACCACCAGAUCUAAACCUAUAACAGGACCAUUCCAAAUCUAAUCUAGCGAUAAAUCAGGUCUGAAAGUGGAUUACAUCGUUUCUACUGUAGACAAACCCAUGCACUGAAGAGUUCUCCAAGUACCACCUGAAGGAGGUCACAUAGCACAAUUUGAGAAACACUGAGCUAGACAAUAAAAAUAUUUCUUUUAUUGAUCUUUACAUGCCCAUAAUUUGUUGUGACAAACUUUUAGCCACAGCUGCCCUGGAGAAUGACAGAAGUAAGAUGGUCAUUCUGUGGUAUCGGCCCCUAUGACCACUACCAUUCACUCACACACCACAUUUG